CUCCCCUCGCCCCUCGCCCCUCGCCCCCGCAAGCAUUGUCCGAACUGCAAAAGCAUCCGAUUCCAUGAGGAAGCUCACGCGGAGGCAAUCGCUACCGACGCUCCUGCCGAACCGCUCAGCUCGAAUCGUAAAAGGCUGAUGAUACGGGCUGUACACCUGCCAAUCAUCUGGUCUCGAAAGCUCGUUACCUGCUGCUUCGUUCACUCGGCAGGAAGGGGAGGAGGUAAGGUCAUAGCUGAAGAAAAACAAGCUUGAGUUGCGAUUUUUACAAGCGCCGGCGCAAUUCAACUUUCUGUCUACCUCUCCUCUUACCAUUUUCUCUUAUACAUAUCAAGCCUCGGUGCUCCGGGACUGAAGUGGAGUGAACUGGGGUGAACUGGAGACACUAUAUCAGACUCAUCGGUCGACCCCUAUCGACGCCCCUCGGACCCGUCCAUUUCACGAUAUCUCCAAAGCAUGAACCUAGCGGAUCCGUCCACCACGCGGCUAUCGCCUAAAUCUGGCCCCAGUAAAGGCCCUACUCAUACGAGUCCAGAGACAACGACCGGCCAAGCCACACGAUCUGAUAACACUAUCACUGGGCCAUGGACAUCCCCAUCCGAUCGAGCGGCUCUGUUCGAAGCAUUUGAGCAUUAUAGAUUCUCGGAUGAUCCAAAUUUCAGGGCUGGACUACCGACUGUCAUUGGAGCUAUACGGGGUACGAAGCGGAGCGCAGCUCAGAUCGACGAGAUAAUGGGUCGCGCUCAAUGGUUCUACUUUACUAGACUGUAUCAGAUAUCCAUACCUUGGGAAUCUUACGCCUCAUGGUCCAAUGGGAAUUCAUCACGGUCAUCCACUUCUCACCCAUCCUCUUCGACAUCGUCCUCACCUCGGGGUUCAUCACUUUCAAGAUCACCCACCCCGCUUCAUCCGGCGCCGAAGCCAAGAGAUCCAAUGGCAGUAUUAAAUCAUCUCGCCGAAGCCAAGAGAAUGAUGGAAGAUACUUCGGGGUCCAGUUCUUCCGUCCAGUCGAGCUCCCCAGGCGACCAAGGAAUGAGCUUCAGCAUGUUGUGCACGUUGAUAUCAGAGGGCAGGGCGGGGGAAGUACCGGUCAAGAUGAUACCUGAUCAGCUGAAUACAUCGCCUCCCUCUGACUCUAUCCUACCCACACGGCUCAAACCAUGGGAGCAACCCCAACCAUUCUUCACCCAUCGAUCCGUCUCUCAGACUUCCCCUUCAUCCUAUAACGCAUCGCCCCCGCCAACUGUCUACUACGGCCUUCCCCAAGCUCCUCCAUUUCCCUCUGGUCGCAAUUCCUCCACCACCCAUUCACCUGCCAAUUCCGUUCGACAUUCUCCUCCUAUCUUUGCAUUCGACAGUAUGGGAGUCUAUAGACAACGUUCCAAUGCUUCCUCUUCAUCACUUCAUUCCCCUGUCCUUCCCCUCCCUCCCUCUCGACAGGAUCCAUCUCCUCCAGGCACCUCUUCCUCAUUCACCAACCCAUCCCUUGCACCUUCUCCUCCCGCCAUGGAUUUACCUACGUCGUCGAGUCCUUUCGAUCUCGCAACGGUGGGGUUACACAGUGGUUCAUCGACAGAUCCCGAGCUUGACCUACAUGACCUCAUCGUGGAUGACGAUGAUGAUCACGCCGCUUUGCUCGUGUAGAUGGACAAAGCAGCAAUGAUCGCCCUUCGAUCGAUCCAGAAGGGACCCUGUUCAGCCAACUCUCCCCGUACGAUUUUACGACAGCUACGACAG